CGUCGUGCGACCUAGACGACACGGCCGCUAUAAUUAGGGUUUAUGGCAUCCAUGAAAUAGAUCAAUUUGGAGGGAGAGGAAGAGAGAAAAAAGAAAAAAAGGGAAGUUGAAUCCAAUGGCGUCAAGGGUUUCUCUGAAGGCGAAAGGAAAAAGCUCAAAGGGAUCGAAGGCAACGGAAGAGCGAUCAGCGAGCGAGUACCUGAAGGAGUGGACGACAUGGACGAUGAGAAAAGCGAAGGUUAUCACACACUACGGAUUCAUCCCUUUGGUCAUCAUCAUUGGUAUGAACUCUGACCCUAAGCCCCCACUUUCCCAGCUUCUCAGCCCCGUCUGAUCCAUCAUCGCCGCGACGUCGUUUUUUUUCUUUCUUUCUUUUGUUUUCCCCCUUUUACAUUUGUAUGCUUAGUUCUGGAUCAACUUUCGCUUCGACAUGGUGUGUUCCAAGUGCCUUAGCUUGUUUGCUUUCGGAUAAUUUUCGAAGACGUAGUAGUAAAUAAUUCGCUUUUUAUAAUUGCAAUCUUUGCGUUUUCAUUUGAUAUUCUCGCUGGAUUAUGAUUUUGAUGGAUGGUAUACUGUUGAUGAAUA